CGAGGGCCCCGUCCCUUCCCCGAGGCCGGCCUCCUGGGGUGGAAAGUGUGGGCGGGCUGGCGCGGGCAGGAGGGCGGGAAGGGCGCGGGGCUUUGCGUGUGAUUGGCAGCCUGGCCGGCCAGUGAACCUGAGGUGGGGGCGUGACGCGGCUCAGAGCGCGGAACAUGGCUGGGCUAGGUGUCGGAGUUGGUGGCGGCGGCUACAAGGACGAGGGCGACGAGGGCGACGAGGGCGACGAGGGCGUGCUCCAGGCGGCCGUGGAGGUGUUCGCGAAGCUAAAGGAUCUCAACUGCCCAGUCCUUGAGGGUCUUUAUAUCACAGAACCUAAGACCAUUCAGGAACUGCUGUGUAGUCCCUCGAAGUACCGCUUGGAAAUCCUGGAGUGGAUGGUCUGUCCCUCGUGGCAGGACAAGUUCAGCUCGCUAAAGGGGGCCCCAGUUGAGGUGAAGAUCCAAGAGAUGGUGAAACUAGGCCAGGAGCUGAUGCUGUGUGGGCUGGAUGAUCAGGAGCUCCUGAAGGGCCGGGCCUGCGCCCAGAUGCAGUUGCAUCUCAUGGACCAGCUGCUGGAUGCGGUCCAGAGCCUGACCGUCGGCUUCUCCGGCUGCUCCAGUGUGAAGGAGCACUUCGAGGAUACCAGAGAGAAGAAUGAGGCACUGCUGGGGGAGCUCUUCUCCAGCCCCCACAUGCAGACGCUCCUGAGCCCAGAGUGUGACCCAUGGCCCCUGGACAUGCAGCCUGUCCUUGACCAGCAGAGCGACGACUGGCAGAGGGCCAGCCCCUCUGUGGAGUUAGAGGAGGAGAGGGUGAUGGAGCUGGCAAGGAAGCUGCAGGAGAGUGUUGCCAAGCUGCAGACGCUCAGGGUAGAGAGACUUGGUGCCCCAGGGGCAGGUAAGGCAGUCUUAAGGGCCCCUCUGCCUCUGGCUUUGCAGUGCUUUGCACAGCACAAGCAAGGAGUUGCUGUGAGUGGGGCCGACACCAGCACCCUGGACCAGAAGCUGCGCCUGGUCGUCUCUGACUUCCACCAGCUUGUUGUGGCUUUUCUCCAAGUCUAUGAUGACGAGCUGGGUGAGUGCUGCCAGCGCCCAGGUCCCUACCUCCACCCGUGUGGCCCCAUCAUCCAGACCGUGUACCAGACUCUGACUUCGUGCAGCCAACUGUUGAAAGCGGUCACGGAGGUCACUGACACCUCGGCAAAAGCCGUGGACAUGGCGAAGCAGCAGCAGGGCGAGCGGAUCUGUUGGGGUAGCAACAGCCCUGUCAUGAGUCUAGCCACCAAAAUGGAAGAACUAACUCAGAAAUACAAGAGCUUCAGCGGCAGUCUGCGGAAAGCUCAGUCCUGAAGAGCCAGAUGGCCGGGGUUGGGGGGGGCGCAGGGCGAGCCACUGGCAGGAGAAGCAGUCACAGCC